AUGGAAUUAAAGCAUCCUUCGCAGCACAACCAUCACGCGUCACCGUCGCCGUUGUCGCCACCAGCCACCGUCAUAUCGUCGUAUCAAAGGCACAACCUGACCGGUGGGCUCGGUGGUGAACCCUCGGCGCUAUUCCCACGGCCACCACCCUUGACGGUGCGCGUACGACGGAAGAAUCUCGCGGCCCUGCCGAGCAUCGGGGAAAAGUUGAGCGCAAUAUUCGGUGUCCAGCUGCAGGAAGUGGUGCUGCCGCCCGAGGAUGAACAGCAGCAGCAGUCGCAGUCACAGUCGCCGUUUGCUACGUUUCUGCUGGUGGACGAAGGUUCUGGUUGUCAGCCGGUCGCUGCGGGCGGUAGCGUGGCAACGGGCAGCAGCAGCAGCAGCAACGGUGACCUAAUCACUCAUGUACAGCAAUUCAUCGACUCGCUGUGCACGAACGAGGCAGAAGACUCGAGCUAUGACAGUGACUGCGAGGCCGAGGACCUGUCCCACGAGCAGGUGUCCCGCACGACCAGCGACACCCUUGGCCAGGAGUUUGCCGAAUACGUGAGCCUCGGCAGUGCCGGCCAUCAUCACUAUCAGCAGGCCCCCCAGCAGCAGCAUGGUCACGGGGCGACGGACAUCUUGGAGACGGCGGCCGAGCACUCGCCCGGGUACCAGCAGCGGGUCGAGUUCGCCCUGAAGCUCGGCUACACCGAGCGGUUGGUGCAGGCCGCACUGCAGCGGCUCGGUCCCAACCCGGCCCAGAACGAGCUGCUGGCGGAACUGAUCAAGCUCGGUUCGCAGCCCGGAGCGAAAGGUGGCAACGAGUUCAUCAUCGACUGCCACCACGCGGGGUCUGGGGGCGAUGCUGCCGGUCGCGGUUUGGCGGUAGACCGCCCUGCCGUGGACCCGGUGGUGGGGUCGAUCGGUGGCGCUGGAGGCGCUGGUGGUGGCGAGGAAUCGUUGCGCUCGAUCGUGAUCGACGGGAGUAACGUGGCGAUGAGCCACGGCAACAAGGAAGUGUUUUCCUGCCGCGGCAUCCGGCUGUGUGUGGACUGGUUCAAGAACCGGGGCCACAAAGAGAUCACGGUGUUUGUGCCGAAGUGGCGCAAGGAGAGCUCCCGGCCGGACAACCCGGUCAAGGAUGGCGAGAUACUGAGCGAGCUGGAAAAGGAGCGGAUGCUCGUCUUCACCCCGUCACGGCUCGUUGGCGGCAAGCGGAUGGUGUGCUACGACGAUCGCUACAUUCUGAAGCUCGCGGCAGAAAACGACGGAAUCGUCGUCUCGAACGACAACUACCGGGAUCUGGUGCAGGAGAGCUCCGAGUUCAAGAAGGUCGUCGAAGAGCGGGUACUGAUGUACUCGUUCGUGAACGAUCGCUUCAUGCCGCCGGACGAUCCACUCGGCCGGUCCGGGCCGACGUUGGACAACUUUCUGCGGAUGCAGCCACGCAAGGGCGACCCGCCACCUCCGUGCCCGUACGGCAAGAAGUGCACCUAUGGUAAUAAGUGCAAGUUCUACCACCCGGAGCGGGGCAGCCUACCGCACAAAUCCGUCACCGAGCGGCUGUCGGAGUACGCGGCCCGCCACCUGCAGGCGCGCAGUGGACUCGAUGCUGGCGGCGGUGGCCGCAGUGCGGUCCAAGGCAAAUCACUUAGCGUUCCGCUCAGCAACAGCAGCAGCGAGACUAGUCCCAUCAACGAGAAGCGGAAAGCACUGUGUCGCACAAGGUCGAACGUACCACCGCCCGACAGCAACACGUACGGGCCAGGUCUGUCCUCGGAUCACCUGGUACCGCCCGUGCAUCAUCCGGGUGCUCGGCCACCGCCAGCACAGCAACAGUUGCCUUUCCUCGCACCUCCGCCGCUUCCAGUGGCCAGUAACCGGCCGUGGGAUCUUUCGCCACCGCAGCACCACCCGGCCAGCAGCAGCCACGGCAGUCUGGUGGACGUGCAGCAGAUAUUCCCCAAAUCUCAUAGCAUAGAAAAUAUUUCUAAGGAACCGACGUACGGUGGCCUGCACUCGGCGAUGCUACAUUCCACCGCCGGCUGUUAUGGUGCGGCGGCGCAAAUGUGGACCCGUCCGGCUCCGUCGCAACAGCAACCGCCGGGUGAGGGGCUCGAUCCAAACGCCGGCCUGGUCGAUAGCGUCAAUCUGCACCGCAAGCUGCAGCGUCAACUGACGCUCAAUCCGGCUGGGUGCGAUCCGCGGAUCUAUCAGAUGCAAAGGCUCCAGCAGCAGCAGCAGCAGCAGCAGUCGCAACAGGCCCAGGGCUCUCCGCAGCAGCAGCAGCAGCACCAGCACCAUUCCGCCGUUCAACUGUCACCUCACAGGCCACUGGCUCCGUCGCUGAGCGGUGGCACGCGGCCAUCGCCUCCCUCGCAGUGGGAACCGCACCAGCACGUGACACGCAUCGCGUCGGCCCCGGAUACGGUCCGCCCGUGGCACAAUGGGCCACCGCCAGCGUCGUCCUCCGAACCGCAUAUCAAUCUCGGCAGUCACGCACGGCAGCAGCAACAGCAGCAGCAAGACCAGCGGCGCCGUUUGCACUACCACCUGGCCAGUAUCUUUCCCGAGGAGCAGGUGCAAACCGUCAUGCAGAUGUACCCGGACGAGACGAACCCACAGAAAAUCUGUGGCGCCAUCUUGGCCAUGUUCCCCAAGAUGUAGUGAGCGCGCGCGGUCGGGCGGCCCGGCCCGUCGGCGGCCGGCGGAAUACUCAAACACACUCCACACGCACCUAGUGUUAAGGCCACUUACGGUCCGCCCUUUUCUCCGCUUCCUUUCUUCUCUGCGCGAAAGAGCGAGAGAAGGGGCAAGCGAAAGGCCGAGCGAGCGAGAGAGAAAUAUUUAUCGGUAGCUAUGGUUACUACGCACGAUGGGAAGGACCCGUUUUGGUGCACAUUGGCGCGCAUUAUUAUGUUAUUACUUUAAACGCAGUAAUUAUAUUAGUAAUUUUAUUGUAGUUUAAAUCUGAUGAUGGCCGGCCGUGCUGCGCACAUCACGGCGCAGGGAAUAACGGCAACCGAAAUCGAAUCGCAUCCGCGAAGGGUGUCCGCGCCCGCGCCACUAGAGAGGGGAGCCCACAGCAAGCGAAAAAUCUCACUAACGACGUUUGACGUGUAUUUUAAUUUUUAAAUCGUGUGUGUGCGUGUGUGUGCAUAGCAACGGCGCCGAGCGCAGCGGCGCGUCUUCCAUCAACUCAGCGGCGCGCCAUCAGAUGUCGCGGCGCGCCGCUAAUGUGCUGACCCGUAUCCGGAACUCAAACUUAG